AGGUCUACACUUUCGUUUUCUAAAUCAGGCGGGAAAUUAAAAAGUAAACAAAAUGGCUGACGAAAAGAUGGAUGUCGAUGCACCAAAAGAGGUCAAAAAAGCAGAAAAAAUUACGAAAAAGUCUUAUGAAUUGCCAUGGGUAGAGAAAUACCGUCCCUCGAAACUCCAUGAAAUAACUGGAAAUGAGGAAACAAUUAAAAGGUUGCAGGUUUUUGGUGAGCAUGGAAAUGUUCCUAAUAUAAUUAUUGCAGGUCCACCUGGAAUUGGUAAAACCACCAGCAUUCUUUGUCUUGCACGCCAGAUGUUGGGAGCAUCAUAUAAAGACGCAGUGAUGGAGCUGAAUGCUUCGAAUGAUAGAGGUAUUGAUGUUGUUCGAAACAAAAUAAAGUUGUUUGCUCAACAGAAAGUGACACUACCAAAGGGUCGACACAAAAUUAUUAUUCUUGAUGAAGCUGACAGCAUGACACCAGGUGCCCAACAAGCGUUACGAAGGACAAUGGAACUUUAUUCCAAAACAACUCGAUUUGCUCUGGCAUGCAAUCAAUCUGAUAAAAUUAUUGAGGCCAUUCAAUCCAGAUGCGCAGUUUUGCGCUACACAAGACUUACAGACAGUCAAGUGUUGGAACGUAUACUUGACAUAUGUGAGAAGGAAAAGGUUGCUCGUAACGAUGAAGGUCUGGAGGCAAUAGUGUUUACAGCGCAAGGUGACAUGAGACAGGCUAUCAACAAUCUGCAGUCAACGCAAGCUGGAUUUGGUUUUGUGAAUCCUGAAAAUGUAUUUAAGGUAUGUGAUGAACCACACCCAUUGUUGGUGAAGGAGAUGCUUAACCACUGCAUAUCAUCCAAUAUAGACGAAGCAUACAAAAUUAUGUCACACUUGUGGAAGAUGGGAUACUCUGCAGUCGAUAUCAUCACAAAUAUAUUUAGAGUGUGCAAAAAUCUUGAAAUGGCAGAGUAUCUUAAACUUGAGUUUGUAAAGGAGAUUGGUUAUACACACAUGAGAAUAGUUGAAGGUGUGCAAUCAUUAUUGCAAAUGUCUGGUCUAUUGGCAAGAUUAUGUGAAAAAGCUGCUGAUACGUGAAGAUUCGUCACACCAGACCAGAUGAGAAACUUGCAUAAUAAAAAUAGUAGCGUGCUGACUAUUAUUUAAGAUCACAGUGACUAUGGUUUUUAUUAAAAGAAACAGAUGAACUAUCCGAUAAGAUAUUAUUGAAAGAAGGAGACUGUUAUUAUAUUCAUAAACUGUUCACUUUGUCAAUGUCUUUGCAAUCUAUAAUGAGAAAAAGCAAUAUUUAGCAUUGUUUUAAGUUUUGUAGAUGGAAUAUUCUAUACCAGUUUAUGCAUGCUUUUUAAAUUCAUAUCUAUUUGUCUAUAUGCUUGAAUGAGAUUUGACUGGUUAAAUAAUUGAACCGAUACCUCUGUUA